ACAACACCCUAAUUGAUCACCACUGCCAGGGCCAAUGGUAAAUGACAUCAUUUGUCAAUGUCGUCACCAACUCUGUCAAAAACUUGCCAAACGUGCUUCAAAGCCAAGAUUCGCUGCGAAAAGACACAAGCUUCAGGACGAUGCGAUCGAUGUCUUCGUCUUGGCAAGUCGUGUGUCUUUCCCCCUUCGAAGCGCCCCCCCAAAACACAUAGAACAUCCAAUGCAGAAUUCUUUGAAUCCAGUGCCUAUGGUUCUGGAACGCCAUCAAGCGACUACCCGUCCUCCCCGGCUGCUGGCGGCCAUGCAAGCGGUAUCUCUAUAAUCAAUCCUAUAGAGGUGGGCAUAAUGUCAGCAACUGAGGCUGAAGCCCAAAUACUUGAAUAUCAGACGGUAUUUACUCAGCGGUUCCCUUUUGUCGUGGUCCCCGUCACUACAUCCGUUCAACACUGUUGGCAGCAGCAUCCACUGGUGUGCUUAGCAGUGCUAGCAGUCACCUCGCGCGAUGAUACUAAGAGACAAAAGACAUUGUUCAAGCUCCUUAAUGAGGCUGUCGCCAGCCGCCUGGUUAAUGGCACAUUUACGUCUCUGGACCUCUUACAAGCACUUCUUAUACAAGUCGCAUGGUCGCAUUACGAGCCUCAUCCAAAAAGAAACGUGCAACAUCUUGCACUGGCAUGUAGCGUCAUCAAUGAGCUGAAACUGUAUCGUCCAAAGACGCCCCGAUCAAUGGCAUUAUCCACUGAAAACGAUGGGAAACAGUGGACACCAGACGAAGUGCGCGCAGUGUGCGGAACAUUCUUUUUGUCUUCAAGUUAUGCGAUGCUGUCAAACAAACACCGCACGUUUCCAUUUACCUCCUACCUUGUUGAUGCUAGUGAGGAAAUCUCACAGCUGAACUUAACACCUACAGAUCGAUCUAUUCCUUGGCUGAUUCAGCUGCAGAAAUAUGCAGAAGAUCUUGAAGAUCUAAUGACGGAUGCUUCAAUUGAUAGUAGCUAUCGACUUGGGAUAUUAUUCAAUAGUCUUACCCAAGUUAAAAUGGCCUUGUCAUUGCCGAGUGCUGAUUCGUCUCUUACUCACCUGCAACUGCAACUUCUGGAUGUGAUGCUCGCACAAUGUUCUGUCAAGCUGCCAUCUUUCCAUUUACACAAACUGACCACACCCGUUGCCCACGCACAUCUAGCGAUCCCAACCAUCGCCAGCUGGCUGAUAGGCGUAGUCGAUGCUGUCAAGUCUCUAUGCAAAACUAUGAGUUCGUUGCCUAUUAACACCAUAUCUAUACUAAGUACAAUAGACUGGUUAAUAUUCUACAACAUCAUGAGUCUCGCAGCGCAGCUGGAUCUUCUUUCCUGUCAUCCUGUUCUGGCAGACCCAUUGGCCCCAAGCCGUGCAGAUUUCAACGUGGCAAAUCUAAUACAAAAGACAAUCCUUGUCUUGGAAACAGCUAUCGCUCCGAUAUCAGAGGACCCGACAGAACCAGACGCACUCAACUACUUGGCCAACCGAUUUCGAAAACUAGAGCAAUCGUAUAAUACCUACCGAGCAAAUAACAAUAUUGGCUUCAAAGAUGGCUCAAUAUCAUUAACACUACAUCAUCAGGAACCGCUCGGAUACCAAUCACAGCUUCUCUUGACAGAGCUGAUUACCAAAUUCGCUACGGAGGUUCAACUAGACCGCCCAAAUCUUUACGAGAUGCACGAGCCUGAGGAUACUGUUUAGAUAUUUGGACAUAGAUAUUAAUGUGUAUAUACGACCCUUGCAACAAAACAUGAAAUCAACGCGACGCCUAAAAGAACAAACACGCUACAAAAUAAGCAAAUGACCGACGGGAUCAGACGAAAACUACCCCUAAGCAUUAUUGGGAUGGCGGGUACCAGCGUCCAUUUCGUGCGCUGUGCCUUGACCAAAGUUCCAACCUUGGCCGUCGUUGUAGUUGCCACUUGGAGGUGGUUGGGCAACCAUGCUGGAAGCUGCCUCAUGCAUGGGUGUCAUUGUACCUUGGCCAUGAUUAGUCACCGCCAUUUCAUUUGCUGGAGGCACGGCUUCAUGACGUGAGUCCAACUCUGACCAAGGCGAUUGCGUGGGAGUCGGCCCAUCCACAGGCUUCGUGGCGUCGCCGAAAGCUGUGUUGUCAUUGGCCUGUGUCUCGGCCGCAGCUUUCUGAUGACGGCGACGAACGACGAAGAAAAUAGCCAAGAAUAUACCAAUGCCAACAAGGCUAGCCAAUACAGCAAUGGCAAUGACGGCUCCUCGCGACAGGCCGCCACCGCCGCCUCCACCAGUCGAACCAUCCGGGGAACUGCCAUUCGUCUGACCAGGACCCAAGGGUCGUGAUCCCGUCUGAGAAAUACCGGUUGCACGAGUUUCCGAAAUCGAUUCCAACGCUGUGGCUACCACCUUCUUGGCGGCGGCGCUGCAGUAAAAUUCGAAGAGGGCCAAAGCCGAGCUCACAUCGGCGGCAGCGGUGCUGCUGCAGUAGCCCUUGACGCUGGCAGUAAGAUCUGAGGAGACAGACAGCGACAUGCCCUGCUUAAGACACACGCAUGAAGCUAGUGCUUGGGGUCCUUUGCCGCACUUCCAGUUUGUUUGCUACAGAAACGUUAACCAAUGAUUGUAAGCCAAAAAAAAAGAAUGCCAGCGACAUACUGUGAAGACGGCCUCGGAGACACCACUCUUGGCACAGUCUCUUAAGCUAACGUAUUGCGACAGACCAGUGAUGUAAUAUGUCACUAAUUCUUCAUUAGAACACAACUUCAAGCCAAUUGACCGAAAAGAUUACUUACUAUCUCCUGGUGGUCCUGGAGGAGGCACAAACGUAGUCUUGCCUUUGCCCAUGUCGCAGUAUUCGGAGAAGAAGUUGAGAGCAGCAGUCACGUCGUCACCGUUGGAGCAAGAUGAUCGCACAGAUUUGCCAAUGAUCGAAGUCAGUGGUUCAACAACACCAGACUUGCUACAGGCGCAAGAAGCCCACAGACUAGCUGCUGUGGGACAGAUUGAGUACUAUAUCCUAGUCAGCUAAAGACUUCCGAAGCAAUCAGUCCACACUUACCACGUUAGCUGCCGCUCCAGAUAUACCGGAUUGCGCGCAAGACGGCAAAUAUGUGAUCUGAGGAAUCUCUAGGGGAUACACAUUGACAACAUUCGUGGUGGGCGUCGCAAACGUUGCAGCCUUGUUCGGGUUGCAGUACUGGUCCAUGACUGUAGAGGCGCUGUUGCGAUCUUCAGUCGCACCCUCACCGCAGCUAGAAAAGAGAUCAGCGUACACGGUCGAAGUCAAAGCGGCCAAGUUUGUCGAGUUUGUGCAAAUGCACGGCUGCAGCUUGCCCACAUCGUCGCCGCAAUUUGUCGAGUACGUCUGUCGAUCGAAGUUGUAAUUGAUGGCGCUGGCGGCGCAGGGAGCCUAGCACCAAGUAACGAUUAGCGACACAUGAAAUUUGUUUAAAACGCAUGGGAAUAGAGCUUACCAGCAGUGAGUAGUUUUCGACCUCAGUGAUGUAGCCAUAAGUUUUCGCCUGGGCGACAGAGAGCGCGCCGAGUAGCAGCGUCGCUCUGAUAUACUGAGCCAUGUCUGCGGUUUAUGACGGCAAUGGAAGAAUCCACGACACCAAAGCAAAAUUCGACGAUUCACAGAAGGUUUGAAGGUGUGAGGAAGAAAGAAAAAAUCACUUGAACCCUGAAUUCAACUCCCCCGAGGCCUCUUCCUUCUCUCCACCUGCUGCGACAGUGGCGGCCUGGGCAAUGCUUUCAGCUGAAGCGCCAUCGCGAAAGCGCCUAAUGGGGCAUCGCGCUGGGGUCCAACCCGACUUGGGAAAUUAGAAAUCCAGCAGGAGGAGCUUUUAUGGGUGGACUAGAACGCCA